AUGGCUGUUCAGGGGACUGAGCAGGUGAUCCACCGGGAUCCUGCCUUGUUCUACUGGAUCCUGCUCCCAAUCACGAUUGUUAUGAUUCUCACAGGUGUUCUUCGACAUUAUGCCACCGUACUCCUCGCCAGCCCUUCCAAGCCGCCUGCCACAUUGCUUGAGUCUCGCGAACGACAAGCUCUCAUACGUGGGAUUAAUCUGCGAAACAAUGCCGCCGCGGCAAUCUCGUCCUCAGCUUUCAACACGCGGAAAGAAUAUCUCAUUGAUGGGUACAAAAAGGGCACUUUUCUAAGGGGCGGGGCAGAAUCACGAGGUCAAGCGGCACCAAACCCUAUGUCUGAUCCAGCUGCCAUGGAAGGAAUGAUGGGGAUGAUGAAAGGAAACAUGGCCAUGAUGAUCCCGCAAACACUCAUCAUGUCUUGGAUCAAUGCCUUCUUCGCCGGCUUUGUUAUUCUCAAGUUGCCUUUCCCUCUUACCAUUCGAUUCAAAUCCAUGCUACAGUCGGGCGUUAUGACUCGAGACCUGGAUGUCAGAUGGGUCUCGAGCUUGUCCUGGUACUUUUUGUGCCUGUUUGGCCUCCAGAGCGUGUUUAUAUUCAUUCUCGGCAACGAGAAUUCGGCCAGUCAAGUGGCUCAGCAAAUGGCUCAAGCAAAUCCCGGGGCCACUGCGAACCCUUUUGGUCCCGGCCAAGAACCUGACAAGAUGUUUCAGGCUGAAGCAGAGAAUUUGGAAGUCCUUGAACACUGGAGUGUUUUGGACGGCGCUGAAGACAGACUGCUACAGAUCUAUGGUAGCUAG